CACCUUCUCCAGGAUGUCAGGCCCGCAUGCCACCGUGUUUGUUAUGCAGAAAUUUGAAUUGUGCAGAUGAAAACUAAACUCUAUAUGAGCUCUCUGAUUUGCGUGUGUGCUUUGCGUCCGUGUCUAUAUGAAUGCAAGAGACAGAAAUAGAGACAGAGGAAGAGGAGAGAGAUGCUGUCAACUCUCUCCAUCCUCCUCCUCAGUGAAGCAGAUGUCCAAUUGAGUCUAUUUAAAGCCAGUGCAGUGUGGCUGCUGAUGCUCAGAGCGCCAGGCUGUAGCUUUGCAUUACUGUUAUGUCCUACCUACAGUGUGCUGGACUCGUAGCUCAAACUCUGUUUACUUCCAUGUGAACUAGCGUUUCCACUCUGCAUAAUGUCAACUGGAAAUUACCUCAAAGCUCAUGACUGCAGGAAACCCCGCAACCCCAAUUUUGGAGAUUUUUAAAAAACUGUUUUAGCUUCAGCUGAUGGAACUUAUGAUCUUCUGUGGCACACAGUCACACAUUUAGCACCAGCUGGGAAAGCUAAAAAUGUGCAUUGAUCAAGCAGAAAGAAGGCUGAGUUAUGACUCAUGCUCAGAGCAUUCUUCCAAGCAAGCAGCUUUGUGUCAAACUGACCGGUGUCUGAGAGUGCCAGUGCAAUAACUAAAGUCCGACCCCUGAAAAUAACAAACCACUUGUGCUGCAGCUCCAGUGAUGGUGGCAGAGACUUUCAGACACUCUGCUCUGUUGUCCCAGACAAUUAUCUGAAACAGACACAGUUCUGACACUCUCUUCUUUUUCUUCCACCGGGGCUCAUCUGUUUUUUCCCAAUGAGCAAAGAGAUGGCAAAUCAGAAUGGGUGGGACUUGGUUGCUGCCUUGUCAUUCUCCGCCAGAGAUGAUGCAUCUGCUGCCAUGUUGGGGGGAGGGGGAAGAAAACAGUCAUCAACAGGAUGUGGUGGUGUCAGACAGGAAGUCAGCGCUGAUGGGAGUUUGCAGAGACCAACAGGCGCUGCAGGGUUAUGAUGAUGCCUCCAACUUAGUAACGGCCACACUUCAGCGAACAGCUGUGCCUGGAUGAGGUCUCAGCUGUAAAAUACUUGGCACAUCAUUGCAGCAUCAAGUGGCUUCUAAUCAGCUCUGGGUGGAUAAUAAAGCAGAAUUAUUUGUGCUUUGGUCUUUUUAAACCUAAAUCUCUUUUAAUGGAAACCUUCAUAUAAUUGUUGUUCUAACAAUUGUUUUUUGGAAGUAGAUCAAGAAAAGUGUUUUAAAUGACGUUUUAUUCUUGUGUGAACUCCUCUUUUGGAGUCAGUGCAAUAAUCAUUUCACUUAACCUCAAUGCAAACCAGCUCGUUUUCUGGCUGUGAUUUGUCUCCUCUUUUAAUACUGGUCUUAGAAUCCAACAAGUAACAGAGCAUGUGAGACGUGUCCUCCCCACAGGCAAGAAACAAUCCAUCUUUAGAGGAGGUUUAAGCCUUAAAAUGAAACAAAACAAGACGCUGAGAUGGAUGUUGUUUGCACUAUUUUACAGUGUGCGGCGCAGUGUGUGCCAGCUCUGACAGUGCAUGGAAACCCUACUGUAUUUCCUCCGGUGUAUUUAAAAAACAGAAGCUGGGUAAUUGAGUUUUCUAGGUGGGCUUUACCUUCCUUCGCUGUACAUCUCUGCAUCUCAGCAGCAGCCUUCCUGUCAAAGAGGGACCGGACGAAGCGUGGAGACGCGUCUGCAGAGCGCAGGCUUUGUACAGGAGGGGGCGGAGGGAGAGAGAGAGAGGGAGAGAGAAAGAGAAAGAGAGAGAGAGAGCUGUGACAGCGCUCAUCACCCACUGAACAACCAGGACGGGUUGCAUCCGAGCAAUCGCUGUCAUUCGCAGACGGAGUUUACAGCCUUUGCGCCGCUUUUUCUUUCGAUCUUAUUCUGCCGCACCCCUUCCCUCUCCCGGUGCUGCCCAGCAAGUUGACCAUGGUUUCUAUAAUUUCAGACCUGGACCCUCUGAAAAGCUGGAACGUGUUAAGGCAGGACGCCAGUGAUCUUUCUGGACCGAUACAAAGUAACGGCACGGCCGGGAAGAUGAAUGGGGCGCUGGAGCAUUCAGACCAGCCGGAUCCAGACGCUAUCAAGAUGUUCGUGGGCCAGAUCCCACGCUCCUGGUCAGAGAAGGAGCUGAAGGAGCUGUUUGAGCCGUACGGAGCCGUCUACCAGAUCAACAUCCUCCGAGACCGCAGCCAGAACCCUCCACAGAGCAAAGGCUGCUGUUUUGUCACGUUUUACACAAGGAAAGCUGCCCUUGAAGCCCAGAACGCGCUGCAUAACAUAAAGACCUUAACAGGGAUGCACCACCCUAUUCAGAUGAAACCUGCAGACAGUGAGAAAUCUAACGCAGUGGAAGACAGGAAGUUGUUCAUCGGCAUGGUGUCGAAGAAGUGCAAUGAGAAUGACAUCCGGGUCAUGUUCUCUGCGUUCGGGCAGAUUGAAGAGUGCCGGAUCCUCCGGGGGCCCGACGGACUCAGCAGAGGAUGUGCGUUUGUCACGUUUUCCACCAGAGCUAUGGCACAGAAUGCAAUCAAAGCCAUGCACCAGUCUCAGACUAUGGAGGGCUGCUCGUCUCCCAUCGUGGUAAAGUUCGCCGACACGCAGAAGGACAAGGAGCAGCGGCGUCUGCAGCAGCAGCUGGUGCAGCAGAUGCAACAGCUCAAUAGUGCGACCACCUGGGGGAGCCUGACGGGCCUGGGUGGCCUCACCCCGCAGUAUCUGGCUCUGCUUCAGCAAGCGACCUCCUCCGGUAACCUAGGAGCCUUCAGCGGGAUCCAGCAGAUGGCCGGUAUGAGUGCUCUGCAGUUGCAGAACCUGGCCACUUUAGCGGCAGCGGCGGCGGCGGCUCAAAACUCAGCCAGUCCCUCCACCGCAAACCCCCUGUCCUCCAACGCCGCGUCCCUGGGAGCGUUGGCCAGCCCAGCAGCGGGCACUACAGCCAGCUCUAACGCCGGCGCUAUGAACUCUCUGACCUCUCUGGGUACCCUGCAAGGCCUGGCAGGUGCAACUGUGGGCCUGAACAACAUUAAUGCACUAGCAGUUGCUCAAAUGCUCUCAGGUAUGGCGGCUCUAAACGGAGGCCUGGGUGGUGCAGGGCUUACCAACGGGACCGCAGGCACCAUGGACGCGCUGACGCAGGCUUACUCAGGGAUCCAGCAGUACGCCGCCGCAGCGCUGCCUACCCUAUACAGCCAGUCCCUGCUGCAGCAGCAAGGGGCCGCCGGCAGCCAGAAAGAGGGUCCCGAAGGUGCCAACCUGUUCAUCUACCACCUGCCCCAGGAGUUCGGAGACCAGGACAUACUGCAGAUGUUCAUGCCUUUUGGAAACGUGGUCUCUGCCAAAGUCUUCAUCGACAAACAGACAAACCUUAGCAAGUGCUUCGGCUUUGUUAGCUACGACAAUCCAGUGUCGGCACAGGCAGCCAUCCAGGCCAUGAACGGUUUCCAGAUCGGCAUGAAGCGGCUGAAGGUGCAGCUGAAGCGCUCCAAGAACGACAGCAAACCGUACUGAUCUUAGCACUAGGGUCUAUCUGCUCCUCAUGUUAGCACUGCUAGGAACAACCCAUCUCCAUGCCUGUUAGCUCAUCGUUUGCCUAGCAUGUCUCCGUGGUGUCCAAAAAAAACUAUAAACAAAACAAAAACAAAAAAAUCCCUACCAAAAAAAAAGUGUCAUCGUCCUCCUCCUCCCGUCAUUGUUUUUUCAGGCUCACCUGAUCAUAACCUGGUUCUCCUCCUCCUCCUCCGUCGCCUACUGACCUUUUGAACCUUGAACUUUUAGCUUUUUUGGACGUUUAUGGUUUUUUUUGUUCUUUCUUUUUGUGUUUUUUUUGUUUCUUCUUUUGCAUGUGACCUCAUUUGGAUCUGUUUUUCCAGGAGGGAGGGAGGCGACAAGGGAGGGGUAGGUAAGAAAAUGAAUCAAUGUGAAAAAGAUAUAAAGCUGCAUUCAUAUGGCAAACAAAAAAGACUGAAGAUGUUUAUGGAAAAACACUUUUUUGCAGAAAAAAAACAUCAACCUGUGGAAAAGUGAUUUCCAUGCAGUGUGUUUCCUUGCAUUUUAUUUUUUGUUUUUUCUUCUUCUUCUUUAUGUCAGUUCUUUCUUUUCUUCUUCAUUUAAAGUAAACUUGAAAGUUCACUACAGGAAUUGGCGUGUCACCUUGCUUCUGGCACCGACGAAAAGCAGAGCGCGGGCCAGAAGCGGUCCGCGCCAGUUUCUCUGAGAAAUAAGACUACUUCCAAACAGUUUUGAAUAAAAACUGUCUGAUCAAUAUUAGACUCUCUCAGAGCUCUCUAAUGGUUUUUACAUUUUUCAGGCAGUGUAAAGUUUUUUGAUAAGGCCAUUUUAAGUGGCUCUGUUUCUCAUUCAAAGUCUAUAUAUAAAACCACUUUUUUCUAGUGUAGUUUAAAGGUAAAAAUAAAAAAAGACAUUUGCCCUGUUUGGGGGGGAGAAAUGCUACCUACUUGUGUCACCUUUUGCUGAACUGACUCACAGAUAGACAAUCCAUGGUUUAA